GGCGUGUUAGCAUUAUUCCACAUGGUAAUUUUUUUUUGCCAGGAUUACCAGCUAACGGGCUCAACGCCUACGUAUUACAAAUACCGUUGGUGGUGGGCGUUCCCGUUGUGCAGCCUCCGUUCUCUGUACACAGACAAACCGAUUGGUGGCCUCCGCUUCACAAGCUACGCUCUGGAACGCUACGGCACCCCCCCACUACUGUGCGCUAUUAUACAACGCUCUCUCCCUGAAGAUCCGGUCUGGUCGUCUCCUCACACACUUGGAUAGACUACACCGCUGGCGUUGCAUCGAGCCUAGUCCCGCGUGUCUGCCUCCGCCGAUAAAAGCCGCCGUCACAGGCCCCGUUCCCCGACUGCACAGCGUCGUCGCCAGAGGCCCCUCCCCGCAGCAGCAACAGCCCGCUACCGCUAGACAGCAAUGGCGCCUGCACGCAAGGACACCGACGAAGAGCAAAACCUGGACACCCUGCUGUCGACAGAAAGCUCGGGGGACUUCACCGACGCCCUCAACUCGAACUUCCUCGACCCCGGCGUCUCCAACGGCGACGUGGACUGGUUGUUCCGGGGCAGAGAAGUCAAGAAGCUCACCAAACGCUCCAACACCAUCAACAACGAGGUCCAGUCGCAGUUGCUGCACGCCCAGCAGAAGGCCCUCGUCCAGUCGAAACAUGGCCGGGACUCUCCAACAAGCUCCAGCUCCACCAGUCUCCAGAACCUCGCCAACUCGCCCGCCACCGUCGACCAGCAGUCCGCCUCGACCAGCAGCCCCGGCGCCGCUGGCGCCGUUGCAGGCCCAGCAGGCAGUGCCGGCUUCAGCAGCAGCCACUAUUCGGCAGCACAACCAAAUUCCGCCCCUGUCGCAAUCCCUAUACCCAGCACGAGGAAGUCCGUGAACAGCUCCAACGUCAACUUGAACUCGGCAGUCUCCGCAAACUCCCUUUCCGACUUGCCCAUCAAGUCCUCCCUCAAGUCUGCCUCCCCGGCAAACAUCGGCAAUGGCUUGAAAAUAGAUACCUCCAUGAUACACUCUUCUUCCCCCCACUCCUCUACCUCCCCCUCGAAUAACGAUACAUCCGUGCCGCUGGCCUUUUCAGCCAGCUCGUCCUCCCACAGAUCGAUUUCUUCGCCAAUGGAUCCUGCCCCACCGGCUUCUGCAUUGGUCUCAAGUCCUGCAUCGGCCUUAAACUCCAAUCCAAACUCAACCUCAACCCCGACCACUCCAACAAACAGAUCGAGAUCGUCUUCGCUACUAUUCGGAAGAUCUAAAUCUCCCUCCAAUGCCAGUGAACACAAACCGGCAAAGAAGUCUUUACUAUCUUCCUUGUCCUCAAAGUUGAAACCAGGUUCCCAUUCUACUUCCACAGCACCCGCAACUAGCACUUCUCCUUCGCCAGCUGCAGCACCAAAGGCUUCUGCACCUUCUUCUCCUUCGGUAUCGAGACAUCCAACACCGGUAGCCCCCCAUCCGGUGAAGAUUUCUCCACCUAUUCACAACAACAGCUCUGAUAACUCUUUGACUAAGCUAGCACAUGUACACAAUUUUGAAAACACCCAUCCAACCACUUCUCUGAGUGCGUCUGACAAACUUUUGGAUUCAGUUUCGUUUAGCCGGGUUUCUUUUGCAUUAGAUGGCUUAGUCGAAGAUCCACAGCAACAGAUCCCUUCUCGUCGUCCGAAAAGAGGUAACGUCCUAAUCCCCGAAGAUAUGCUGGCACCUCCUCCGAAACUUUCAAUAGGUAUCACGAACAGUUUCAAUGAACAGACAAAAGCUGAAAGACCAAAAGUCGACCCAAAGUUAUAUGAGCAAGCGCUUGCUAGACAAAACUUUUUUACUGCCGAAUCUAAAAAACAUUCAGAAGAGGCCCACAUUGCUGCUCUGAGAAUGGCAAAAGAGGUUUCCUCAUUCAAGAAAAGAAGGGGUUCUUUCCUUAAAUCUGAUGAUGAUGAUGACGAUGAAGAAGAGGAUAUCACCGAUUCCCGAUUCGUUGGUGGAGAUGACAAGCUGGAUAUAGACACGCCGUUACAUGAACACAUCGAUUAUUUCGGACAUGAGGAAAAUAAUUCGAGCUCGAGCUCAACGAACGAAGAAACUGAUCGUGAUAUCUCUCUUGAAACUUUGUAUACCCGCUGCUGCCAUCUAAGGGAGAUCUUACCUAUACCUGCGACAUUGAAGCAAUUGAAAGGUAGAUCGAAACCUCUACAUGUUUUGAAAAUGCUGAACCCUAAACCAACCUUGAUUGACAUUUUGUCAUUUUCAGAUUUCUUAGCCAUUGCUCCAGUUAUUUCUGUUAUCCUCGAUAACGUUACCAUUGAUACUGAAAUGUUAAGAAUCAUACUUAUCAGCUUAAAAAACUCCAAAAUGUUGGACAAAUUGUCUUUGAGAAAUGUCCCUAUAGAUGCAGAAGGAUGGAAGUAUUUAUGCAAAUUCUUGAGACUUAAUACUAGCAUUCAAAAACUCGACAUCUCGCAACAGCGUGUCAAAAAGAGCUCAGACCAUUCCAAAACGGUACGUUCCGAUUUGGACUGGGAUCUGUUCACAGAUACCUUGAUCUUGCGUGGUGGGAUGGAAGAGUUGGUGAUACACGGAUGCUGCUUGAGUACUGAUCAACUGAACAAUUUGGUAAGUAAAGCUUUAGUUUUGAAAACCAAGAGACUUGGAUUUGCAUCCGCUCAACUCGAUGUCGAAAAGAUGUCGAUUUUGGCCAAAUGGAUCUCCACUCCGAACACAACAUGUAAUGGAAUCGAUUUUGCUUUCAACGAUUUGUCACAAGGUCAAUUGAUGCCAAUAAAUAACAUGCUGAAACAGAGAAGCUCAGACAUCAAACUUCAGUUCUUUUCUCUAAACUCGACGAACGUCCGAUUGAAAGAAUGCUCCGAAUUAAUUCAAAACUUAUCAGCCUUACCCUCUCUUAGAUUCUUGGAUUUGAGUAAUAAUGCACAUCUCUUCCCGGAUAUUAUCCCCGUCUUGAGAGAUUAUUUACCUAAGUAUCCGGAUUUGAGAAGAUUACAUUUUGAUUUUGACAAUUUGACAGAAUUUGCUAUCGUUCAAUUGUGUGUGAUUUUCCAGCAGUGUCCUAGACUAGUGCAUGUUUCAUUUUUGGGUAACAACAAGAUUACAUCAAAAUCUGCUUCGGCAUUGUAUUCUGCGGUUAAACAUUCUCAUAUAUACAACAUUGAUAUGGAUUAUGAUGGGUUAGAUGAAGAAUUAGUGUCAAGAAUUGCCUUCUAUUUGAUGAGAAACAUGGAAAAUCUUCUGAACUUCAGUGUGAAUCCUAAAUGUUCCGACAUAAAGACAUCUAGUACGAAGUCCGUGGUGGAUUCAGAAUCUAUUAUUACCUCGGGUGUGAUAGCUAAAGAUGAAGAUCUUAUCUUCGAUGGUUCCUUAUUGACAAAGGCAGCUGAACAUUUGUUAGAGAAUGGUUCUCAUAUAUCAGGCGAAGAGCGCAUGGUCAUUUACCGUGCCUUGGUUGAAAAAACCGUCAAACUACGUACAGAAAUCCACGACUCAAUGAAUAAAUUAUUCGAGGCUCGUGAAAAAGGAAGAUUAUCGAUUGAAGGUAAGGAGAAUUUGUUAAGAUUCUGCUUAUUAGAUGAUUCUUUGGAAAACAUUUUAGAUAUUUUCUCUGAUGAAGUUUCAGCAGAAAAGGGCAGCUCAGGUGGCCAGAGCAACUCUUCUGACAAUAACGGCGAUCACGUUUCUUCAAGACCUGGUAUGAUCAGAAGAUUAUCAUCCCAACUUACUAGACAUCAUUCAUCUGAGGAUGUUAUACAAACUGGUCCGAUUGUAAGUGGAGAAUUCUACCAGCAUAAUGAUGAAAUAAUACCCACAGUUGCAACCGAAGCACCACAUAUUGUCGUCGCUGAUGCAGAUAGUGUUCCUGUCGAUAGCACAACUGGUAAACGUGUUUUGAUGAGAAAGUUCUCUCAAACCAGUGUUCAUUCUAAGAAGUUGGAGGAAGAAGAAGGUGAAUUACAUAGAUGGGGUUUCUUCGUCCAGCAACAAAAUGAUAUCAUGCCUGAUGACUCACAGAAUGUAGCAAAGCUGAAAGAAGAAGAGAAAGAAAGAGAAAGACUAAGAAUAGAGGCUGAAAAGGCCGAAAAGGAAAGGCUCAAGAGUGAGGCAGAAAAAAAGAAGUUGAAGAUUAACACUAUACCUUCAGGCUCAGAGUUGAGGGAAACAAUUAUGAAAGCCAAGGGUAUUGAAAGUAUCACUGAUCUUAUUAAAAAAGUCAAUAAAGAUUUUACAACAGUGGAGACCAUCUAUAAACACGCAGAUGCUAAGAGGGCGGCAUCCAGGAAUCAAGAUACUAGCUCCUCUGGAGGUUCUCCUAUUUCUCCAAGCGGUAAGUCUGGGAUUGGAAGUGGUAACGUUCAGUCUACCAAGUCUUCCGACAUCUCGAAGAUUUCUGCAGCAGAUACUGAUAUCAGUGCAGCUGAAUCCAAAACAGUAUUCGGUGAGGACCGAGUUUCCAAUAGGGCAUCUAGUCCAGAUAUAGAUGCCUCUGCAAUUGACAAUACGUUGUCUCCAACAGUCAGUAUUAGUUCCAUAAACGAGGGUGACAUAAAGGACCAGGCUGAUGAAGUUUACGAAAGAAUUUUGAAUAACGUUAUUCGUGUUCGCUCGAACAAAUAAAAAGUUAAUCAUCACUUUCGACACAUUUUUACAAUUGCUUUUUUAUUAUUAUUCUUUCAAAACCUUGUGAUGCAUGACGACGUUCCAUUCAGCUAUGAAAUGCAAGCUAAAAAGAAAAAGCAAAUACACAUAUUUUUAUAAACAUACACUAGGGCUUAUAAUGCUAUUAUCCACAUACUACUUACACAUAACGUAAUCUUGUAUAUUCUUUUUUAACCAUUUGCAGUUCUUUAUAUAAAAAACGUUUAUAGAACAACUGUUUUAAACUGAUUUUUGGGUCG